ACCGAGGUUUGACAUCUGUGUGCGGGUUUGUGCUUUAAAUUUGAGAGCUCAGGUGGAGCGAUGGCUUCGGAGAUUGUGUGUGGAUUGAUCUUCAGAGUGUUACUGCCAGUGUGUCUGACGGCAGCAUGUCUGUUCAGGUACAAUGGGCUCUCUUUCAUCUACCUGCUCUACCUCCUCCUCAUCCCUCUUUUCCCAGAACCCUCCAGAGUCACAAUGCAAGGCCACACAGGGCACCUGCUGAAGUCUUUAUGUUUCUGCAGUAUGAGCUUCCUCCUGAUCCACAUCAUCUAUCAGAUCACCAUUCACAGUCUGCUGGCUGGAAACCCUAAUUCUGAAUUCAACUGUACAGUGUGGGAGAUGACAAUACGACAGAUUGGUUUUGAGAGUGUUAUUGGUGCAGAUGCUGGAAAUGGUAUCCGUGUUUUCUUCCCGGAUAUCGGCAUGUUCAUGGUGAGUCUGUCGGUGUGGCUGCUGUGCAGAAGUCUGGUGCAAAAACGGCCGACCGAGGAGAUGGCACAGGACAACCACGAGUUUGAGCCAGAGGAACAGGAGGAGAGUGACGAGAAGGUGGAAAUUGAGGACAAUGAUGUUGAAAUGGUCUUUGAUGAAGACUUUGAUGCAGAAGAUGAAGCAGAGGAAGAUGAGAGGGAGGAGGAAGGCCUGGAGGAAGAAGAGGAAGAGGCAGAGGAGAGCACAAAGAUGAAGAUCCUGCGCAGAGUAGCAGGAGUGGCAAAUAAACUGAAGGAGACCAUUGGCAACCUCAUCACAACCGCUGGACAGGUGGUGGUCACCAUUCUGCUUGGUUUGACAGGUAUGAUGCUCCCCUCUCUGACGUCAGCCGUCUACUUCUUUGUGUUUUUGGGUCUGUGCACAUGGUGGUCGUUCUGCAAGACCUUCGACAUGCUCCUCUUCAGCUGUCUGUGUGUUCUCAUGGCUAUCUUCAGCGCUGGACAUCUCAUCAUACUUUAUUCUAACCAGUUCCAGUUCCUCCAGGAGGCCAUCAGACCCAACGACAGUUACGUCAGUUUGUUUGGUAUAUCCUCCAUUGUUCGGACAGACUGCUCUUCUACGUGGAAGCUCAGUGUUAAUCCUGGUCUGAAUUGGCAUCAUUUUGUCAACCCCAUCAUGCUUUUGGUCCUGUACUACACACUGGCCACCUUGAUCCGUCUGUGGCUGCAAGACCCCAUGAUUAUGGAGGAGAGUGAGAAAGAGGAGGUGAAUGAAGGAAAUGAGACAGUUGUAAAUAUUUUUGGUCUAACAUCAUACAUCAGGAAGCGUCUGCUCUGGUGGAAAGCCCAUCAGAAAACAGAGAAACGAAAUCUCAUCUCUAAUCAGGAUGGUUACAGCACCACCGAGGUAGUGGUGGUUAACUCCAACGGGACAUUGUUUGACUAUGUGUCUGCCGUGCCCACUGAAAACGGGCCUGUCAGUCUGGACAUAUACUUGACUCCACAGUACAUAGUUGAUCAACCCACAGAAGCUGAGGAGGAGACAGAUGUGAGCACACAUGAAGUUGUGGACACACAGCUGGAGGAGGAGGAAGAGGAGGAAGAGGAGAAGACAGAGGAGGAAGAGCAGGGCGGACCCCCAAGCACUCUCGUAAAAGUCUUCAAGUUCAUCAUGAAGCAGAGCUACAUCUGUGCUCUCAUUGCAAUGAUGGCGUGGAGUAUAACGUACGUCAGCUGGCCGACGUUUGUGUUCCUCCUCUGGUCCUGUACUCUGUGGAUGGUGCGAGACAGGAGGAAAUAUGCCAUGCUGACGUCCCCGUUCAUGGUGGCGUAUGGGAACUUCCUGCUGGUGCUUCAGUAUAUCUGGAGUUUUGAGCGGUUAGAUCCGGUGCCUGGAUUCUUCCUGAAGAUGAAGGUGCCUUUCAGUGAACUGAGCACCAAGAUUCUGUGUCAGUUGAGUUUCUGGCUGUUGCUGAGACAAACUUUGAUGGAGCGACGAGAGAACAUGAAGGAGGAACCCACGCUUUGUGAUGUCAAAGUGGAGGAGCAGAAAAAGGAGGAAGAAAAGGAGGAAGAGGAGGGGGAUGAGAAUGACCUGAUGCAGGUGAUGGGGAAACUGGUAAUGGCUCUACUGGUCAAAUACUGGAUCUAUAUCUGUGGAGGAAUGUUCUUCUUCGUCAGCUUCGAGGGAACCAUGGUCAUGUACAAGAUCGUCUACAUGAUGAUGUUUCUCUUCUGCGUGGCUCUCUACCAGGUUCAUUAUGAGUGGUGGCGCAGGAUCCUGAAGUAUUUCUGGAUGUCUGUGGUAGUCUACACAAUGCUAGUGCUCAUCCUCAUCUACACCUGCCAAUUUGAGAAUGCCAUUGAUACCUGGACUGCUAUGACGGGCAUGUCAGUCGGAGUACUGAAGGAUAUCGGUCUGGAGAAGUACAGCCUGUCUGAUCUGUUCACUCGUAUCUUCAUCCCCACGUCAUUUCUGCUGGUGUGUAUCCUGCACCUGCAUUACUUCCACGACCACUUCCUGCAGCUCACCGAUCUCAAAGCUGUGAUCAGCAAACAGGAGAGCACCAUAUACAGCUAUAUUAAAGUCAGUGGUCAUAUCUAUCUGAUUGUGGAUAACAUCAAGCAAAAAAUAUCUUCUCCUCAGAACAAACUGGUCCAUCCAGAGGGGAGUUUGGCAGAUCUAACGAUGACGAGCACAUCUCCUGAACCCCUGCUGAAAGAAGAAAAGGAGAAGGAGUCUGUGAAUGAGGUGCUGUUGGAGGUCUGUGUGCACGAUGAGACGAAGAAAGAGUCUUCCUCCAUUCAUUCAGCACAUCUGUCCAGUCAGGAAGACAUCCAGCAGUUCAGUGCAGCCACAGAUCCUGAACCACCCUCAGAACAGAGCUCAGACCUGAAGAAUAAAUGGCAGCUGGUGGUGGACAGACUCACAGUGUUGUUCCUAAAGUUCCUGGAGUACUUCCAUAAACUCAAGCUCUUCAUCUGGUGGCUGUUAGAGAUGCACAUCAUCAAGAUCGUCUCCACUUACAUCAUCCUGCUGUCCAUCAAAGAGGUUUCGCUGUUGAACUAUGUUUUUUUGAUCUCAUGGGCAUUUGCCCUGCCUUAUAAGCAGUUUCGAGUUCUUGCUUCUAGCGUCUGCACGGUGUGGACGUGUGUUAUCAUCAUCUGCAAGAUGUUUUACCAGCUAGAAUCCAUCGAACCCAAAAACUACUCAAGCGUUUGUAUCAUGCCCAACUAUACAAUUGAACAGAAGAAGACGAUGAACAGUUCCCUAUUAUACAAGGAGCCUGUGGACCCUGCAAACUGGGUGGGCCUUGAGAAGUUUGACGACAUACUGCCCAAUCUGAGGAAUAACUUGUUGAUGUUGGCAAUAUUGGCGUUUGAGGUCACCAUAUACAGACAUCAGGAGUUUUUCCGGCUGAAAAACAAACUUUGCCUUCCCCCCUCACGGACCAUCUUCCAUGACAUCACCCGGCAACACCUCGACAACGGAAUCGUCAAUUGUGCCAAAUAUUUCAUCAACUACUUCUUUUACAAGUUUGGACUAGAGGUGUGUUUUCUGAUGGCGAUUACCGUGAUGGGCCAGCGGAUGGAUUUUUACUCCAUGUUGCAUGGGAUCGCUCUCGCUGUGGUGAUGUUCAGACGCAGACGGAAAGCCAUCGCUGAGAUCUGGCCCAAAUACUGCUGCUUUCUGGCGUGCAUGAUCACAUUCCAGUAUUUCGUUUGCAUUGGAAUUCCACCCGCUGCCUGUAAAGAUUAUCCCUGGAGGCUUCCCGACUCCAUGAUGGAAUCUAAUGUCAUUAAAUGGCUGUUCCUCCCUGAUUUCCACACCAGACCAAACUCAUUGUUCCUUGUCUAUGACUUCAUGUUGUUGCUGUGCGCGUCACUCCAGAGGCAAGUGUUCGAUGAGGAAAAUAAAGCGGCUGUUCGCCUGAUGGCAGGAGAUAAUGUAGAAAUCUGCCAAGACCUCGAUGCUGCAUCAUUCAGCGUACACAACCCCGUACCAGACUUCAUACACUGCAGGUCCUAUCUUGACAUGUUGAAGGUCAUCAUGUUCAGCUAUUUGUUCUGGUUUGUCCUGACCAUCAUCUUCAUCACGGGCACCACCCGUAUCAGCAUUUUCUGCAUGGGUUACCUGGUGGCAUGUUUCUAUUUCCUGCUGUUUGGAGGAGAUCUAUUACUCAAGCCAAUCAAAGAGAUCCUGCGCUACUGGGACUUCCUCAUCGCUUACAACGUCUUUGUCAUUACGAUGAAAAACGUCUUUGCUAUUCUGGCGUGUGGUUAUUUCAAGUCUUUGAUGAAGAAUAACUGCUGGCUAAUUCAGCUGCUGAGUCUCGCCUGCACUAUUAAUGGCUAUGACAUUAAACCAGGCCAGUGUGACCUUCCGCGGGAUGAGGCGGGAAUUAUCUGGGACAGCAUCUGCUUCACGUUCCUUCUGCUGCAGCGACGUGUCUUUAUGAGCUACUACUUCCUGCAUGUGAUUGCAGACAUCCGCGCAGGACAGAUACUUGCGUCUCGAGGAGCAGAGCUGUUCCAGGCGAGUAUUGUGAAGGCCGUGAGAGCUCGUCUAGAGCAAGAGAAGAGAUCCAUGGAGCAACUCAAGAGACAGAUGGACCGUAUUAAGACGCGGCAGCAGAAGUUCAAGAGAGGGAAGGAGAAGAUGCUCAGUAUGUCUCAGGAGUCUGGAGAAGGACAGAAACUCUUUCCACCUGAUGGCAAAAACGAGGACGAUGAUGGGACAAAGACAAAUAAGGCGCCAAAAAAGCAGUGGUGGAGGCCGUGGGUUGACCAUGCGUCCAUGGUUAGAAGUGGUGAUUAUUACCUGUUUGAAACUGACAGUGAAGAGGAAGAGGAAGAGGAUGAGAAAAAAGACGAAGAACCUCCUAAGAAAUCAGCCUUUGAGCAAGCAAUCAGAAAGUUUGCUUCAGCCGUCGUGGCUUUACCCGGAUCAAUCAUUAAACUGCCCAAAACUGUACUUCAGUAUAUUAUCAGAGCAGCCAAGUUUGUGUAUCAUGCCUGGAUUACCAACUCUAAAACUGCUCUGAAAGAAAGAACCAAACAGACACGCCAUUUCUGGAAGAGAUACAGCUGCGGCCACAGACAUAGAAAAGACAAGAAAGAAGGUCAUGUGGCGAUAGAGAUCGGUGAAGAUCGCCAGAGUUCAGAGGAAGAAAAAACAGAUGGAGCAGACAACAUCAUCAAGAGAGUUUUAAGCAUCAUUAAGUUCAUGUGGGUUCUGUUUCUGACCACCGUUGAGAAUGUGACCCGAUGGCUGAACUCCAUCUGCAGAGAAUACAUCGACAUCUCUACCGUUCUGCGCAUUGAACGCUGCAUGCUCACAAGAGAAGUGAAAAAGGGCAACGUGCCAUCCCGUGAGAGUAUUCAUGUGUACUAUCAGAAGCAAAUGAAACUGACCACGUCUCGACAGUCCAGUCUGGACCGGAUUAGUGAAGAGGACUCUGGCUCACACAGAGAACGCCGCAGACAAGUCGGACACAGUAUGGACUCUUUCGCUUCCAGAGACAGCAUCUCCAGCGCAUACACGGAAGCCACAAUGCUGUUUUCUCGCCAGUCCACCCUGGAUGAUUUGGACGACAUGCCUCAGAAUAUUCCCAAAACCAGUGAACGAGCUCGGCCCAAACUGCGCAAAAUGUACAAUCUGGACAUGUCCACCUCCUCGGUGGACAGCGACAUCUCCAGUGAGGCCACACAAUGUGUCACGCUGUUCCCACUGCAAGGAACCAAAGACACAAUAGAUGAGGUUGAGGACGAGCAAGAUCAGAAUAAGGUGGACAAACUGGAAGUGAAGGAUGAAGGGAAAGAUUUGAAAUGCCAGCCUAGUGAAGAUAAACCUGAAGAUGAAGUUAGAGAGGAAGUGACUCAGAAAGUAUCUGAGGAAAUGACAGAGAUAGUGACUCAGGAAGUGACAGAGGGUGGUCUAUGGGUUCCAGUAGAGCUAGAGGAAGUAGAUAAAGAUGUUCAGGUCUCUCAAUGGGAGUGUGAGGAAGAGCAGUUUGCUAUUGAAUAUGAGGAGGUUGAACCUCCUCUCCAACGGGACGAUGGCGAGUCGUCGGGACAGGAGAACGAGCAAACAGAUCCGGCAAGUGGGCAACUUUUUACACCAGAUACAGACUUCCCCAACAUAUCAGAUGCAGACGUGCCACCCAGCUACAGCAAGGCCGUGAGCUUCGACCAGCUGUCUGUGUGCUCAGCCGAAAGCGACAGUGACAAACGGCUGAUGGUGAUGACCCCUGACAGCAGAUCUGACCUGGAUAACCCUCUGCUACCCUCUAUGACCAAGGAGCUGACCGCCAGCGAACUGCUACUUAACAAAAUGUUCUAUGAUGAGGAACUGGAUAAUUCUGAGCAAUUUUAUAAGUCCCAGCCGCUGAGUCUGCAGCUCUGCUAUGCUUUCUAUAACUUGCUGGUGGCACACUCUGAGAUGGUCUGUUACCUGGUGAUCAUUCUCAAUCACAUGAUCUCUGCAUCCAUGGCAACACUUGUGUUGCCCAUCCUCAUCUUCCUGUGGGCGAUGCUGUCAGUUCCUCGACCCAGCAAACGGUUCUGGAUGACUGCCAUUGUCUACACAGAGGUCACGAUCGUCAUCAAAUACUUCUUCCAGUUCAGUUUUUUUCCAUUUAACCAAAAUCUGGAGGUGAACAAAAAGAAACCGUAUCACCCGCCCAACAUCAUCGGUGUGGAGAAGAAAGAAGGUUACGUGCACUAUGACUUGGUCCAGCUGCUGGCACUGUUCUUUCAUCGAUCCAUACUAAAGUGUCAUGGGCUUUGGGACGAGGAUGACCCUAAACAGUCACGUAAGGAGGCCUGUCCUCAUCGGGAUGAGUCUGAGGACGAGGGGAAGAUGACGGUAGCGAUUCCGGCUGAGGAAGAUAAGAAGAGUUCUCCAGCAUACACGCUCAAAUCUGUGAAUUUUGGAAAGUCUGUGGAUUCAUCGCAGGUGCAUGUACUCAUUCAUUAUCCUGAGCAGCAACCUCAUCUGCGACGACAGAGCACCAGCAGAGGGUCGCGCCUCUCCCGGCGUUCGUCUGUACGCACCAAACGAGGCAGUACGAGCAUACGGAAUAGCAUUUGUAGAGAAGACAGCAAGCCGGAAAUACCGCAGAAAAGUCGUAAAGAAAUGAUAAUUGAGAAGAUUCGAGAACAAAUGAUUAAUGUGAAGGUUUACAUCCUCAAGAAGUUGGUUGAGUUCUAUAAGCCCAUUCAUCAGUUCUUCUAUUAUCUGAUCCACCCCGAGUACAGCGCGGUGACGGAUGUCUACGUCUUCAUGUUUUUGGCUGACACAGUUGAUUUCAUCAUCAUUGUCUUCGGCUUCUGGGCAUUUGGGAAACAUCAGGGAGGUGCUGACAUAACUUCCACUUUGUCAGAAGAUCAAGUUCCCGGGCCGUUCCUCGUCAUGGUUCUGAUCCAAUUUGGCACUAUGGUGGUGGAUCGAGCCCUGUAUCUCCGCAAAACAGUGAUGGGAAAAGUGAUUUUCCAGGUCAUCCUCGUGUUUGGAAUCCAUUUCUGGAUGUUCUUCAUCUUGCCAGGAGUCACAGACAGGCGUUUCAGUCAGAACACUAUAGCUCAGUUGUGGUACUUUGUGAAAUGUAUUUACCUCAGCCUGUCAGCAUAUCAGAUUCGAUGUGGCUAUCCAACUCGCAUCCUGGGCAACUUCCUCACCAAGAGCUACAACUACGUCAAUCUCUUCCUCUUCCAGGGGUUUCGUCUGAUCCCGUUCCUGACGGAGUUGCGAGCUGUGAUGGACUGGGUUUGGACGGACACGUCUCUUAGUCUGUCCAGCUGGAUCUGUGUGGAGGACAUCUAUGCACACAUCUUUAUCCUCAAAUGCUGGAGAGAGUCUGAGAAGCGUUACCCUCAGCCUUGCGGGCAGAAGAAAAAGAAGGCUGUGAAGUAUGGAAUGGGUGGAAUGAUUGUGAUGCUGCUCAUCUGUAUCGUCUGGUUCCCUCUGCUCUUCAUGUCGCUCGUCAAAUCUGUUGCAGGAGUCAUCAACACUCCACUGGAUGUCUCUGUCACUCUUACCCUUGGCGGAUUGCAGCCGAUCUUCACAAUGAGUGCUCAGCAGACCCAUCUAAAGAAUGUCAGUUUUGAUGACUUUAAGGCAUUCAAACAGGGUUACAGAUCUAAUGCAGGUGCCAUGCAGUUCCUGGAAGCGUAUGUUCAUGAGGACUUGAGAAUAGCAGAUCUGAAAGGCAGUUCUAAUUCGCUGUGGACCAUCAGCCCUCCCAGCAGGGUCAACCUCAUUGAGAUGCUCAAUGAGACUGGGAAGGAAUUUCCACUCACCAUCACCUGGUCCAUACAGAGAAAUCUCACUUUAGGUGCCAAAGCUGAAACUGCCACAGGCAAACACAAUAUCAAACUCGACGAAAGCACCAGACGCAAACUAGGAAAUCUGCUAAAUGACACUGUAAAAAAGGAUGAACCUGUGAUCAUCAAAAAUAUUUUUCCAAGAUACAUCAGAGCACCAAGCAACUCCAACGCCAAACCUAUUGGCCAGCUUUAUCACGAUGCCAAAUUUAUGGACAUCACGCUGUCUCUCAAAAAGUCUAAAGAAAAUAGUUCCAAUGGCAUUCAGGAGUGGUGGAUAGUGAAUCAGACUGAACCUGGACCGCUAGAGAAACUUAAACCAUCUAAAAAACAAAAUGAUUCGCAUCUGGAGAUUUAUGUCUUUAGUGACCAAGUCAGUCCACCGAGUCUGGGUUUUCUAGCUGGUUACGGGAUUAUGGGUCUAUACAUGUCGGUGGUUCUGGUUAUUGGAAAGUUUGUGCGAGAGUUCUUCAGUGGAAUCUCACACACCAUCAUGUUUGAUGAGCUGCCGAAUGUGGACCGCAUUCUCAAACUCUGCACCGACAUCUUCUUGGUCCGAGAGACGGGCGAACUGGACCUGGAAGAAGACCUGUACGCCAAGCUCAUCUUCCUCUACCGUUCUCCAGAAACCAUGAUCAAAUGGACCAGAGAAAAGAACAAGUGAAGAUGAGACUGGACACCUUCGGAUUAACUCGGAAGUGCGACAAGCUCCAAACUAACCACGAAAAGCGCAAAGCAGGAAUUUUGCUACCAGGUUUGUGAGCGUACAGUUGGACUGAACUAAAGAACUGUUGUUCUGAUAAAAAAAAAAAAAAACACUGGCACUCACACUGUACCACAUGACUGGACAAUAGCAUUAUUGUUUUCACCCAGUGGACAAGGUCUCUGGAUUGCUGUCUCUAAUGCUUUUUUUUUGUUUUGUUUUGUUUUGUUUUUUGAGGGGCUUCUUUUUGAUAAGUGAUGAACUUUGGGGCUUUCAGGCAUGCAUCACUUUAAAUACAACCUUUGACCUUUGGGAGUGCAUGCAACAUGGGGGUGGUCCUGAUGACCUCUUGACCCUCAGACUAAUGGCGGAUAGACUAAAAUCUUGCCGUGAUCCAAAACCAAAGCCCAACGGGGUGCUGAGAAUGAUGUGACAAUUUAUAUGCCUUAUUUUAUUUGUACAAUCAACUAAAUGCAUCAUUAUUCAACACCUUUCUCAGGAAUACAAACGGAUCAUUUCAUCACAUGGAAGCAUCUACUUUUUCGUGUAUGAACAAGUACGAAAAGGAGCAUACCCAAUAGUAAUAACUUUCUUCCUUUGAGACUUUAAAUAUAUCGUCUGUAAUCUAUGAAUACAGAUUUGGGACAAACAGAGGACUUUUAGUGUUUUAUAAGGUCUGAAGAAGUAUAUUGAGUUUUUUCGUAAUUCAAGGGAGAUUGUUGUUGCACUACAAUUAACGGCAAUUUCAGCAAUUCUGGAUUACUAUUAUUAGUGCAGAAUUUAGAAUCAGCAGAAUUGCAGUUUCGUAAAAUUUCGUAAAACCACUUGGGUAAAUUAUCGAAAUGCAUCAAAUUGGAUAAAAACUCAUUUUAAGAACAAUUUCCAGAGAAAUUCGUUCUGGUCAUUGGGUCCCAUUCUUGAAACACAGGCAGAACGCAUUUGUGUAAAUUGUUCAUUAAAACAAUUCUCAUGUUAAUUGUUACAAUGCAACAAUUUGUGUAAAACAUUUUAACAAACAAUAUCCACAGAAAUUCGUUCUGGUCACUGGGUACCAUUUAGGAAACAUUGGCAGAACGCAUUUGUGGAUAAAUAGUUACAAUUCAACAAUUUACGUAAAACAUUUUUUACAAACUAUUUACACAAUUUAAUUUUGGUCAUUGUGCCCCCUUAAUAAAAUACCAGCAGAAUGAAUUUGUUUUAACUGUUCAUACAAACAUUCUCGAGUUAAUUGUUACAAUGCAACAAUUUAUGUAAAAUGUUUUCACAAAUAAUUUACAAAGAAUUUUUGUCUGGUCAUGCAGCCUCAUUUAUGAAACACAAAUGGAAACAAAAUUCUGUGUAAAUUGUUUGUAAAAUAUUCUCGCAUAAAUUGUUACAGUGCAACAAUUUACUUACAAAUGUUUUCACAAACAAUUUACACAGAAUUUAGUUUUGGCCAUUGGGCCCCAAUCAUGAAAUCUGAGCAGAACGAAUUUGUGUAAACUGUUUGUAAAACCAUUAUUGCGUAAGAUUUUACAAUGCAGCAAUUGAUGUAAAAAUGUUUUUAAAAACUAUUUACAAAGAAUUUUGCUCUGGUCAUGUGGUCUCAUUCAUGAAACACGAGCGGAAACACAAUUUGGUGUAAAUUGUUUGUGAAAACAUUCUUGCGUAAAUUGUUACAAUUUACGUUUAAAAAAAAUUAUAAACUAUUUACACAGAAAUUAAUUCUGGGUAUUGGCCAUUGUUUAUGAAAUAUUAGCUAAAUGAUUUUGUGUACAUCAUUUGUAUGAUUGUUACAAUGCAACAAUUUACGUUAAAAUGUUUUUACACAAAAUUUUGGUCUGGCAUCAUUCAUGAAACACAAGCUGAAACAACAAUUAGUUGAAAAUUGUUCAUAAAACCAUUCUUAAUAAUGACACGUAAUUUGUCACAAUGCAACAAAUUGUAUAAAACAUUGGUUUAGAAAAAAAUUACUCACAAAUUCGUUCUGCUUGUGUUUCAUGAAUGAGGCCCAAUGACCAUUUAAGUAGAAUAUAUGACACGUGGAAACGGAUAAUAAAUAUUAGUUGUUAACAGGUAGAUUACACUUGAAGGCAUGAGAGAUUCAUAGAUAGUUAGUGUUAUUAAAUAUGCUUUGCAUAUUUAAUAACACUGGGAGUUGUGCUCAUCAGAAAGUUGUAUGUACAUGGGGAAUAAUCUGACUUACAUUUGCACUACAUCUAUUUAUUUGAGCAAUAUGAUAGGCGGGUUUACAGUCAAGAAUAUGAAGUACAUUUAUGUCAUACAACUUUGGCAGUCAUACUCAGGAAAGAGCUUCCUCUGGAUCAGAAUAUCAUGGAUAUAUUGUACCAGUGGAGUCUUUAUUAGGUUGUACACUCCAUUUGCCAUUGCUUUACCAUUGGAAAAUGUAUGAUAUGACUAUUAAUGUAAACUCCACUCUGAUGGAUUGUGGUUGUGAUGCUUGAGGUGAAAAAUGAAUAUUGUUUUAAGUCCAACAAAACAUCCACCUCCAAACUAUGCAUUAAAGACAAUGUAGCUUGGAUGAAAAACUAAUGUUUGACAUGAAACGCUUUCAUUAUGUGUGCAUAACUUUUCCAGCAACAAGAAAAUAGGGGAAAAAGUUAACUGUGUACCUGGAUGAAACAGGAAAUGGGUUUAAAUGAGUUUAUUAACUUCAAUAAAGCACACAAAUA